AUGUAUUAUUUAUAUUUGAUUUUUCUUUGGUUUUUAAUAUUUGAAACCAAUGCUAAUUUUUGCUAAUGCUCUUAAAUGAGAUAUAGAUCAAAGCUAAGAGGAAAUUAUAAAGAUGUUCUUAAAUAUGAUAGUGGAUCAUUAUUGGUUAGUAGAAAGACAAAUUUAUUUCGAAGUACAUAAUCAAAUGGUCUUUUAAGUAGAGAGACAAUUUAUUAGGUUGAUGGAGGAACUGGAUACACAUAUUGUGCGUUAGGGGGUUCAAUAAUUGUAGAAUUACACCAAGUUUAUGAAUUGAAUACAUUUAUAUUUUGGUUAUGGGAUAGAAGCCCACGUACCUAUGGUUUUAUUGUUUAUGCUUGUUAUGAAAAUAUUGAAACUGUUAUUUUAGACUCUGUUGGUUAAUUAGUAGGAGUUGUAAGAAUUAAUUUUCCUAACCAAAUGGUUAAAUAUUUUAAAAUAUUCAAUCGAAAUGGAAAUACUAGCAAUACUUAAUUACAUAUAAUUAAAGCAAUGGCAUUCUUUCAACUUUGA